AUGGCAGACCAGCUCCUGGACGUGCGCACCGCCUUCGUGGAGCGCGCCAGCAAGGUGCUGAUCUCCGGGCUGCUGGACGACCUGCUGGCCCAGCGGGUGCUGAACCUGGAGGAGGUGGACGAGGUGCAGGACAGGCACUCGGUGCGCGCCGACAAGGCCCGCUGCCUCAUCGACAGCGUGCGCCUGAAGGGCCGCAGGGCCAGCCAGGCCUUCCUCACCAGCCUCAGGAAACGUGACGGCGCCUUGGCAGAGCAGCUGUGGCUGGCCGACAGCGCGGGGCUGCCAAGCGUGCCACUGGCCUCCUCCAGCACUGAGGCCCCCUCCAGGCCCGCUGGCAGCACCCAGGGCGAGCAGUGGAUCCGGCAGUGUUCCCCGGGCGAGUACCAGCGUGUCAGGGACACCGAGGGAGACCAGAUCUACCCCAUCCACCUGCCACGGGAGGCGCGAACCCGCCGGGCCCUGCUCAUCUGCAACAUUGAGUUCGAGCACUUGAGCCGGCGGGACGGGGCUGAACUGGACGUGGAGGGGAUGACAAAGCUGCUGGAAGGGCUGGGCUACGCUGUGGACGUCCACAGAAACUUAACUUCCCAGGAGAUGGCUACAGUCAUGAAGGAUUUUGCAGAUCUCAAGGAGCACUGGACCUCUGACAGCACCUUCCUGGUGUUCAUGUCCCACGGGGUCAGGGCUGGGCUCUGUGGGACCAAGAGCAGAGAUGAGACCACGGACAUCCUUUACCUUGACACCAUCUAUGAGAAAUUCAACAACCAGCACUGCCGGGCACUGCUGGGCAAACCCAAGGUGGUCAUUUUCCAGUCCUGCCGUGGAGGUGAAGCAGGGUCCGUGAUGGUGAGUGACACCACAGCCCAGGCCCUGCCUGCUCCCAGCUCGGCUCACACGGGGCUGGAAAAUGAUGCCAUCUUUGAAGUUCACCUGGAGAGUGAUUUUGCCACUUUACAUUCCUCCACGCCUGAUACUCUCUCCUGGAGGAGCCCCAUAACUGGCUCCCUCUUCAUCCAGUGCCUCAUAGAGCAGUUUCGAAGCCACGCCUGCGACAGCGACAUACAGGAGCUCUUCCGGAAGGUCCAAUACUCCUUUGGAAAAUUCCCCCGGCAGAUGCCAGCGCAGGAACGGACCACGAUGCUCCGCAAGUUCUACCUGUUCCCAGGCCACUGA